AUGUCAAUGAUAAAGUUACAAGGAUGGUGGAACAGAGAGCUAGAGAGAAAAGACCAAGAAUGGAAGGAAGAUAAGAACAAUGAAUCGCAGAGCAAAGGGAAAAAUCAAGCACUGUUUAGGCAGAAGACAAAGGAUCAGGGCAACUAUAUCAAGCUUGUCUUCAACAUGGUAGAGGCCAGCUGCCUUAAAACCACCCAGAACUGGAGAGUUCAGAAAGGGGUCUUCAGAACCACCCAGCUCCUUUGCUUCAGUGUCCUGAUCUCUGAACUAGUGAAUCAGAAAGAAGUGGCAGCAUGGACUUAUCAUUAUAGCAUCAAAGCAUACUCAUGGAAUCUUUCCCAGGCAUACUGCCAGACGUACUAUACAGAUUUAGUGGCCAUCCAGAAUAAAAAUGAAAUUAGUUACCUCAAUGACGUCAUACCUCAGUACAGCUCUUAUUACUGGAUUGGGAUACGAAAGAUAGAUAAUAAAUGGACUUGGGUGGGAACCAAAAAGCCUCUCACGGAAGAGGCUGAGAAUUGGGCUGACAAUGAGCCCAACAACAAGAAGAACAAUCAGGAUUGUGUGGAAAUUUACAUCAAGAGCCCGGUGGCCCCAGGCAAGUGGAAUGAUGAGCCCUGCAAGAAAAAAAAGCGGGCGUUGUGCUACAAAGCCUCCUGCCAGGACAUGUCCUGCAGCAAGCAAGGCGAGUGCAUCGAGACCAUUGGGAACUAUACCUGCUCCUGCUUCCCUGGGUUCUAUGGACCAGAAUGUGAAUAUGUCACAGAGUGUGGAGAACUUGACCUCCCUCAUCAUGUGCUCAUGAACUGUAGCCACCCUCUGGGAAAAUUCUCUUUCAACUCAACGUGCAGUUUCCACUGUGCUGAAGGUUACAAGCUGAAUGGACCCAGCAAUGUGGAAUGUUUGGCUUCUGGCAUCUGGACAGAUAAGCCCCCAAAGUGUAUAGCCAUUGCCUGUGAGCCACUGGAGAGUCCUCUCCAUGGGAGCCUGGACUGCUCCCCAUCCUUGCGAACUUUUCAGUACAACAGUAACUGCAGCUUUCAUUGCGCUGAGGGGUUCACGCUGAGAGGAGCUGACAUAGUUCGGUGUACUAAUUUCGGACAAUGGACAGCACCAGCCCCAGUCUGUCAAGCUGUACAGUGCCAGGAUCUUCUGGCUCCACACAAGACCCAAAUGAAUUGCUCCCACCCCUUUGGUGCCUUUAACUACCAGUCAACCUGCAGCUUCACCUGUGACAAAGGCUUACUACUGGUGGGAGCAAGCGUCCUGCAAUGCUUGGAUACUGGGGAGUGGAGUGCUCCUCCUCCAAAAUGCCAAGCCAGCACCUGCACACCUCCGCUAAGCCCUCAGAAUGGAACAAUGACCUGUAUACAACCUCUUGGAGAGUCUAGUUACAAGUCCACAUGCCAGUUCACUUGUGAUGAGGGAUUCUCUUUAUCUGGACCAGAGAGAUUGGAUUGUACACCAUCUGGACACUGGACAAAUUCCCCACCAAGGUGUGAAGCCAGCAAGUGCCCAGAAUUAUUUGCCCCAGAGCAUGGAAGCCUGGAUUGUUUGAACACCCACGGAGAAUUCAAUGUUCGCCCCACCUGUCAUUUCUUCUGUAACAAGGGCUUUAAGCUAGAGGGCUUCAACAAUGUUAAAUGCACAGUUUCUGGAAGAUGGACAGCACCUCCUCCAACUUGUAAAGCCAUCAAAUGCUCUGAGCUACACAUAGUUGAAUCAAUACUGAUGAAUUGCACCAAUGCUUGGGGAAAUUUCAGCUAUGGAUCAAUCUGCAGCUUCCAAUGUCCAGAGAGUCGAUUACUUAAUGGCUCUGUGAGAAUAGCAUGCCUAGAGAAUGGCCAGUGGUCAGCUACCAUGCCAACAUGUCAAGCGGCACCACUGACUAUCCAGGAAGUCCUAGCUUACAUUGGAGGAGCAGUGGCUUCUGUAACAGGCUUGGUGAUGGGGGGAACACUCCUGGUUCUGCUUAGAAAACGUUUCAGACGAAAAGAUGAUGGAAAAUGCCCCUUGAAUCCUCACAGCCACCUAGGAACAUACGGAGUUUUUACCAAUGCUGCAUUUGAUUUGAGCUCUUAAGAGAACUGUCCUUUAGUCACUUCACUGAACAUCCACCAGAUCCUAUUUUUAAACUCUGGGCUUCCUGCUAAACUUGAUUUUAACUAUAGUGUGUUUGGUGCAAUUUUCUGUAAAUACUUGUGAAUAAAGACAUGAAAUUGCCUUUAGAUUAGCAAUGGACCACAGCAGAAGGACUGUAUCAAAAGCCAAAACCCUCCACCCAAGACCUCUUCCUGCCCCACCUCUCCUCUUCCUUCAACAGAAGCCUCAGAAGCCAGGGCUGAAUGUUUCCACAAUAGACUGUGGUACAACCAAUUAGCCAGAGACUGGAGCUUCUGACUCACUGGCAAGCCAGACUGUGGAGAAAUUAAAAUGCCUCUACUGUGUUGAAAAGCAGGCCAUAAUUUUGACUUGAGAGAAUUCCUGUAAGAUCUCCUGGAGUCUCCAGUGGCUACUAUUUAUGAAGACUCUUAGAUCCCUGCUGUGAGGUUUCCAGAGCAGCCUGUGGAUUAAACCAGGGACAGCAAAGACAAAGAACCAAGACAGAAAAGUACAUGUCACUGUAGGCCUUCCCUCUACCAGGUACCCUCCCUUAAAGACCAUUGUU